ACGGGUAAAUGAUGUUCUCUAUAUGUAGUGUGAUCUUUCAUAGUUUUAUGUCAUUGUUUGCAGAAAAACACGGGACAUGUUCUUAUCCAGUUGUCCAUGAUGAGUAUGAGUACUUCCUAACGACCUUGAAUGUUUACUUCAAAUAUAAUGUCACUGGAGUUCUGUUUGAAGCUGGGUAUGUACCGUCAAAUUCCGAGAAAUAUCCACUGGGAGGCAUCAUUACUGCCAUUCAAAAUGCCUUCCAUGCAACUCCAGAGUUGAUAUGCUCGGGUGAUGAUGUGGAGGAACUUCGGAUAUGCUUCUAUAAGGAUUUCCAGCCUCGUGACUGUGCGAGUGGAUCUAUCAUUAGACGUGACAGAGUCUCUUCUGGGUCGUGUCCUCAGUACGUCAGCUUGCCAGCAUAUGGAUCAUGGGGGUAUUCAUAGUCUUUUGGUUUCACAGGGCUUAACAACCAUACAAAGGCAGUUUCUUGACCUGAGCAAUAGUCUGACAGAAGUUUCAUGAUCUAAGCGAUGGUCUGAUUUGAUCAGGUAAAAUCUGACAAGGGUUGCAAGAUCAGACCUUUAUUGCUUUUCCAAGAAAUUUAGCACAUUACAAGUUUCAACUUGCUAUUUAUAAGAGAUACAUUGUUCUUGUAAGAUUAUGAGAUGUUGUUGAUGUACUUUACUGGUCUUAUAAAAGAAACAUCUCAUAAAAGAUUUUUUAA